CAAGUAACUCUUAUACGAAACACUGUAUAGAGUACAAGUCAUUUAACUGAAACAAAAUCGGCUUUUAGAUUAUAAUACGAGUAUAUUAAUAAGUCGAUCGAUAACUUUUAAUAAUGCACUUUAUAUUUCUCAAUUUUAGUAAUAUUUUAUCAUUAGGAACGGAAAAAUGUGGCUGACCAGCAGUAUCCUAGCAUUAACUUAUAUUUUAACACUUGUCAACUGCAAAUCUAUGGAAAUUAAGUGUCCCGUGUUUUGUGACUGUGAUAUAUUUGAAAAUUUCAAAAGGGCGACAUGCAGUGAUCGAAGUUUGGUUUCUUUGGAGUUAAAUAUUCCACCACAGGCAGAGAUUUUGGAUUUAAGCGAAAAUCAUAUAACUGAGAUUGGAGAUAAAAUAUUCUUGAAUCUUGGCUUAACAAAUCUAAGACUGCUAAAUGUUUCGUACAAUAAACUUCGUCAAAUUCAUUUUAAUGGUUUCCAUGGUUUGGAUCAUUUAAAAACGUUGGAUCUUAGUUUUAAUGCUAUCGAAUAUUUCACUAGGUCCUGGUUUGAAAGUUUAACUAGUUUAGAGGAGUUUUAUUUAAGAGGAAAUAAGCUUAAAAGUAUUAAUAGUGAGCCUGUGAUUGAUAUAGGUACAUUGAGAGUAUUGGACAUUAGCAAGUGUGGAAUAACCAAGCUUAACCCAGAAAUCUUUAGCUCAUUGCCAAGCUUAAGAAUCCUCGACAUUUCAGAAAACUACCUUCAAUAUAUAGAAGUUCAGCUUAUAACUAACCUGCCUAACUUGACCACACUUAGAACCCAUGACAAUAGUUUUAACUGCAGAAACAAAAAACUGAUCACAGCUACCACUUAUAUUAAACAAAAAAAAAUCGAUUACACUGAUCCAUGCAUCGUGAAUGAAAAUUCCAUGCCGAAUUCUUUUGCCGUUAAUCAUAUGGUGCAAAAAUUUCAAAGAAUUGAAAUGGAAGAUGAAAACGAUGAGAAACCGAUACAUGUAAGAAAUUCUUGGAUUUUUGAGCAGGAAGAUGACAAGUUGGCAAACAAAACCACGAUUAUCGAAAUUUGUAGUACCAAUGCAACAAUAGAAAAUAAUAAAAAAUUAAAGAAUGACAGCAUUUUAAUGAAUAUUAUUAGUCUGUCACCUUGGACCGCUGUAUCUUUAAUUUUUGUUUAUGGAGUUUUAUGUGUCUGACAGGAAUAGGCCUCACAUAUGCAAUAACCGUUUGCUUCCCAAAAAAGAAAACUGUGAACAUCAUGGACUCUGACAUACCAGAUGGCAGCAUACCAACUAGACAAACAUUAUCCUUAAGAAAAAUUAGAAGAAGCAAUUCUUAUGGAGGAGAAGUACUGUACAGCUCACUAAAAACCGCUAAGAGAAAUCUAUCUAAGGAAGUCCUUGAUGAUGAUGAUGGUGAUAAUGAUGAUUUGGAUGAUACGCUUGUAAUGAAUGAGUUUAGUUUGGCUAGUUCCACCCCUAUGACAUCUAGAAGAGUAGUUUAAUAAUUUAUUUAGUAAACGUAAGAAUUUGUUAGUAGAAUUGAUUCUAGGUAUACUUAUAUUUUAGGAUAAGAAAGGCUGUGAUGGUAAAUAUAUAUUUUGUAUAUUGCA